AAAAAAACUGAUAUGCUUGCAGGGUUUUGGUGAAGAGAGGAAAAGAGAGAGAGAGAGAGAGAGAGAGAUGCUGUCUGGUUAGAGAGAGAAUUGCAUCUGGUUCUAUCUAAUCUCAUAUCCGUCUCUUUAAUUUUUUUUCGCAUUUUCCUUAGAGAGAAAGAGAGAGAAAGAGAGAGAAUAUCUGAGAAAAGUAAACUCUUUUUUCCUUUUCAAUUUGAGUUUAUGCUCAUGGCUCAGAUGUAUAUCUAAUUUUUUCUUUUGUGGAAGACCAGAAUUUUGGAUCUCUGAGACAAUGCCUGCUGAAUCACCUUUCCUGUUAAAUAAUUAUCUUUCAGGAACAUGAGAAGUAUUGUUUUGAUCAUGUUCACAAUUGAGGGCAGGAUUCUGUUGCUAGGACCUGCAUGAUUUGUGAUCAAUGGGUGCAAAUUACGCAUAUAUGUAUCAGCAUAUACAUUAACAUGGAACCCUUUCCUGCUCUAAAGUUAGUCGCGGUUUAACGUAAUGAUGCUGUCAUUAUGUAUUUGCUGCAUUUCUUUUUGGUAGCAUGAACGAUGGUAUUGGAAAAGAGCUUAGAUUAUGGAUUUAAAGGUUACAGGGUGCCCAUUAUGCCCCGUGCAUCAAGAUCGGCCAGGGGGAAGGCUUCCGUCACAAAGAAAAUUGGGGGCUGUCAAAAAAUGUUUGCCUUUGAAUUAUUGGCCAGUGUUGCCAGUCAAAUAUUACAAAAGAAUGAAGAUAACGUGAAUCCACAAGAGAUGGCUAGAAUGAACCGCGAAAGCAAUGGUGAUUGCUUGAAGGCUACUGGAUGGGGUUCUAUAAAUAUAGAUGGCUCACUUGCAAUUGUCAGCCAAGGAGUUGGAGGACUGCUCGGAGAACACGAAAGAUCUAGGCUAGGUUCUUGUAAUAAAAGCUUCUCUGAUAAUUGCAGGAAUAAACUACUAAGAUUAGAUGACUCUGUGGGUUUAGAGACCAAGUGUCCUGCUUUAGUUAGUUUAGAUAGCAGUAGCGAGAGGCUCUCUUGUGGUAGAGCCUUGCAUCGCAGUUCUAGUAAGCAUGUAAAAUAUGUUAAUAGAGAUGAUGACGAAAAGUUUUCUGGCUGUAGUCAGCCUAGUCCUCUGAAUGCAAGUUCCUCUCGGCCUUUAUGCUUUGGGGUGCAAAGGAUUGAGGAGAUGGUGGUCUCAAAGCCAUGGAAAUUUGCUCCAGAAUUAUUGAAGAAGGAUGAGUUUCCUGCCAAUGAUGUGAAAACGAAACCCUUUUUCCGUAGUAACAAAGCAUGCCACAUACGGCGAAGAGCUUCAUACCAUUCUUAUUUUAAAAGAAGGAAGCUGUUCAAACAAAGCUCAGUCUCAAAGUUUAAAGCAAUUAGUAUCUGUGCUUCCACCUUUCCUGAAAAGUGUCGCAAUGGAGAAGAUCCUGCUUAUCCAGCAAAUAUACAUAGAGCAAGUGUUGGAGUGUCAUCCCCUGCAUCAGUUUUGAAUUCAUCGUGGAAAACCAGGGAGUCACAUGUGAAACUCAGUGUCAAGUCUUUCAAAGUACCAGAGCUCUUUAUUGAGAUGCCUGAAACUGCAACUGUUGACUCCCUGAAGAGGGCAGUCAUGGAGGCUGCUAUGACAGUACUUGGUGGUGGACUACGUGUUCAUGUUCUCCUACACGGGAAUAAGGUCCCCGACGACUCUAAAACUCUUCUUCAGUCAGGGAUUUCACAAGGAGAUAAUAUGGACACACUGGGCUUUAUGCUUGAGCCCAAUCCCAUUGGUGACCUAACACUAAAAUCCGAUGAUCCUCUGUUUAUGCUCUACCCUGCUGCAAACCAGCCAUUUACCAGGUACCAUGCAAACCCCAGUAUGGAUUCAAUCGACGGAGGGGAUCAUUCACAAACUGAAUCUUGCAAUGGGCUGAAGAAAAACCAUGAUGAAGAUGAUACUCAUCUAUCACAUGAGGUUCCUGCCCCUGAAUCAUCCAAAUCUUUGAUCGUGCUCCCAAACAUGUGCACGGAAGCCUUAAAUAUGUUUCCUUUGGACCAAAGGUCCCAAAAAACUGAGCUUACUCGACGUCGAAUAAGGAGACCAUUUUCUGUUGCAGAAGUUGAAGCCCUGGUGCAGGCAGUUGAACAACUUGGAACUGGGAGAUGGCGUGAUGUCAAGCAUUGUGCCUUUGACUGUGCAAAGCAUCGCACCUAUGUUGAUUUGAAGGUGUCGUCACACAACCAAAGGCCGUGGGACAUGCUUGCAUCAAGAAUAUUUUAUGGGGAGUGCUAGAAACACCUGUAUUGUUUCUGAUGGAACCUUAAGUGUUAUGUCAACCGUUGUUUUUAAGUAGGUUGUGCUUAGUGACUCCACACAUUAAGUUGUCACCAGCAACAGCAGGGGACGAAUCUAGCAAUUCUGAAUUUUCAUAUUUAUUUCCCUUAUUUUUUUUCUUUCAACUAAUCAUUUUCUUAUGCAGGAUAAAUGGAAGACAUUAGUUCACACGGCCCAAAUCUCCCCACAACAGAGGAGAGGGGAGGCAGUUCCUCAAGAGCUUUUAGACAGGGUUUUAGCUGUUCACUCCUACUGGUCACCACAAAAACCCAAGGACAAGUAGGAGUUAACCCUUAAUUGACCUCACUGAAGUUGUUUUUGUAUAUAUCAGUAAGAGACCUUGUGGAUGGUUUUUAGUUGAUCAAUUCUUAUGGUAAAAAGAACCCAGAGAGACCCGACUUCUGCACCUCUGAAAUUUGAUUCUUUGAUAGAAGGGUUAAUGUGUAUGUACAGUAUGGAGUAAACGUACCCAAAGGCUGUAUUUUAGGAUUCUAUUCAUAGAAGGGUGAAUUAGAAAAUUUCAAAGCUUGAGGUUUAUUAAUGGAACCAUGCCUGCAAGGCAAUGGAUGGCUGGGGAUUUGAAUGUUUAUUUCACCAUAUUUAUUGUAUGAGCUAAAUUUCAUA